GUGUCGCAUCGGGCCCCCGGCCGGCCCCCGCGGCCAGAGAGCCCACCUGAGUGCUUCCGCGCCCACCUGAGCCCGUCCGCUGGCACCAUGGCAGAGCAGGAGAGCCUGGAGUUCGGCAAGGCGGACUUCGUGCUAAUGGACACCGUCUCCAUGCCCGAGUUCAUGGCCAACCUCAAGCUCAGAUUUGAAAAAGGACGUAUCUACACGUUCAUUGGAGAAGUCGUCGUUUCUGUGAAUCCUUACAAGCCGUUGAACAUCUACGGGAGAGACACAAUUGAGCUGUAUAAAGGACGCGAGCUGUAUGAGAGACCUCCUCACCUCUUCGCCAUUGCUGAUGCUGCUUACAAGGCUAUGAAAAGGCGAUCAAAAGACACGUGUAUUGUGAUUUCAGGGGAAAGUGGAGCUGGUAAAACUGAGGCCAGUAAGUACAUUAUGCAGUACAUUGCGGCCAUCACCAACCCCAGUCAGAGAGCAGAGAUUGAAAGAGUGAAGAAUAUGUUGCUUAAGUCCAACUGUGUCUUGGAAGCUUUUGGAAAUGCCAAAACCAACCGUAACGAUAACUCUAGCAGGUUCGGAAAGUAUAUGGAUAUCAACUUUGAUUUCAAGGGGGACCCAAUUGGUGGACAUAUCAAUAACUACUUAUUGGAGAAGUCUCGAGUGAUUGUGCAACAGCCUGGAGAAAGAAGCUUUCAUUCUUUCUACCAGCUACUUCAAGGGGGUUCAGAGCAGCUUCUGCGUUCCCUACAUCUCCAGAAAUCCCUUUCAUCUUACAACUAUAUCCGUGGAGGAGCUCAAUUAAAGUCUUCUAUCAACGAUGGUGCAGAAUUCAAAGUAGUAGCUGACGCCAUGAAAGUAAUUGGCUUCAAACCCGAGGAGAUUCAAACAGUAUAUAAAAUUUUGGCUACUAUUCUUCACUUGGGAAAUUUAAAAUUUGUAGUUGAUGGUGACACGCCUCUCAUUGAAAACAGCAAGGUUGUACCUGUCAUAGCAGAAUUACUGUCUACGAAGACUGACAUGGUUGAGAAAGCCCUUCUUUACCGGACUGUGGCUACAGGCCGUGAUAUCAUUGACAAGCAACACACAGAUCAAGAAGCCUGCUAUGGCCGAGAUGCCUUUGCUAAGGCAAUAUAUGAGCGCCUUUUUUGUUGGAUUGUUACUCGCAUCAACGAUAUUAUUGAGGUCAAGAACUAUGACACUACAAUCCAUGGGAAAAACACUGUUAUUGGUGUCUUGGAUAUCUAUGGCUUUGAAAUCUUUGAGAACAACAGCUUUGAACAAUUUUGCAUCAAUUACUGCAAUGAGAAACUGCAGCAGCUGUUUAUUCAGCUGGUCCUGAAGCAAGAACAAGAAGAAUAUCAGCGGGAAGGGAUCCCUUGGAAGCACAUUGAUUACUUCAACAAUCAGAUCAUUGUGGACCUCGUGGAGCAGCAACACAAAGGCAUCAUUGCAAUUCUAGAUGACGCCUGUAUGAACGUUGGCAAAGUCACUGAUGAGAUGUUCCUUGAAGCGCUUAACAGUCAAUUGGGCAAGCACGGCCAUUUUUCUAGUCGAAAGCUCUGUGCCUCAGACAAAAUGCUGGAGUUUGAUAGAGAUUUUCGAAUUCGACAUUAUGCGGGUGACGUACUAUAUUCCGUCAUUGGUUUUAUUGACAAAAAUAAAGAUACUUUAUUUCAAGAUUUUAAGCGCCUCAUGUAUAACAGUUCAAAUCCUGUGCUGAAGAAUAUGUGGCCAGAAGGCAAACUGAGCAUUACAGAGGUGACCAAGCGACCUCUGACUGCCGCCACCUUGUUUAAGAAUUCUAUGAUUGCUUUAGUAGACAACCUUGCAUCAAAGGAGCCUUAUUAUGUACGUUGCAUCAAACCCAAUGACAAGAAAUCCCCACAGAUAUUUGAUGAUGAACGCUGCCGACAUCAAGUGGAAUAUCUUGGCCUCCUGGAAAACGUGAGGGUGCGUCGGGCAGGAUUUGCCUUCCGCCAGACGUAUGAGAAGUUUCUUCACAGGUACAAGAUGAUCUCUGAAUUCACCUGGCCCAACCAUGACCUUCCUUCAGACAAAGAGGCUGUCAAGAAGCUGAUUGAACGUUGUGGGUUUCAGGAUGAUGUAGCCUAUGGGAAGACCAAAAUUUUCAUUCGAACUCCCCGAACACUCUUUACAUUGGAAGAACUCCGUGCCCAGAUGCUCGUAAGGAUUGUCCUCUUUCUACAAAAGGUGUGGCGGGGCACCCUGGCUCGCAUGCGGUACAAGAGGACCAAGGCAGCUCUGACAAUAAUCAGGUACUACCGCCUCUACAAAGUGAAGUCGUACCUCUGUGAGGUGGCCAGGCGCUUCCACGGCGUCAAGACCAUGAGAGACUACGGGAAGCAUGUGAAGUGGCCGACCCCUCCCAAAGUUCUUCACCGUUUUGAGGAGGCCCUACAGGCAAUUUUUAAUAGAUGGAGAGCAUCGCAGCUCAUCAAGAGCAUACCCGCUUCAGACCUGCCCCAGGUCAGGGCAAAGGUUGCGGCCAUGGAAAUGUUGAAGGGUCAAAGGGCUGACCUUGGGCUCCAGAGGGCCUGGGAGGGCAACUAUCUUGCUUCGAAGCCAGAUACACCGCAGACCUCAGGCACUUUUGUCCCUGUUGCUAAUGAGCUGAAACGGAAGGACAAAUACAUGAACAUCCUCUUUUCCUGUCAUGUCCGUAAGGUGAAUCGAUUUAGUAAGGUGGAAGACCGAGCUAUUUUUGUCACUGAUCGUCACCUGUAUAAGAUGGAUCCCACAAAACAGUACAAGGUGAUGAAGACUAUCCCCCUCUACAAUUUGACUGGUCUGAGCGUCUCCAAUGGAAAGGACCAACUUGUAGUGUUCCACACAAAAGACAACAAAGACCUCAUUGUCUGCCUCUUCAGCAAACAGCCAACCCAUGAGAGUCGAAUUGGAGAACUUGUCGGAGUCCUGGUGAAUCAUUUCAAGAGGUAUUUCAUGUAAGUGGGAUCACACAAUAUCUGUCCUUGAGGGUCUGACUUAUUUCCCUUGGUAUAAUGUCUUCAAGGUCCACCCACGUUGUGGCAGGUAUCAGAGCUUCACGUCUGAGGAAUAUUCUGUUGUGUGUCUAUACCACAUUUUGUUUAUCUGGUCAUCUGUUGAUGGAAAGUUAAGUUGUUUCCACCUUUUAGCCAUUGUAAGUAAUGCUCCUGUGAACAUUCUCAUACAAGUGUCUGUUUGAGUCCCGGUUGCCAGUUCUUUUGAGUGUAUACCUAGGAUUGGAAUUGCUGGAUGACGUGGUAAUUCUGUGUUAAACUUUUUAAGAAACCGCUGAACUACUGUGUUCAUUUUUGCUGAGAAGUGCACGGAAUAUAGUUUUAGAGGUGGGCUGCACAGACUAUUUAUUUUAUGUUAUUAAACCUUGUAUUCUAGAUCAAAAUGCAUCUUUAAAUAUUUUACUAUAAUUGAACGCUUUUAAAUGUGGUAAGGAAAAUAAUCUCAAUGGUCAUCUGGUAGAGGAAAAAUAAGAAUCUAACUAAGAAACUACCAAAAACUAAUAAAUAAUAAGCAUGUAAAAAUGUGUUGCUGUUGUGUUGAUUCCGACUCAAAGUGACCCCAUAGGACAGGGUAGAACUGCCCCACAGGGUUUCCAAGGCUGUAAUCUUUACAGAAGCAGACUGCCACAUCUUUCUCCCGCGGAGCAGCUGGUGAGUUUGAACCAUCAACUUUUCGGUUAGCAGCUGAGCUGCUUAACCGUUGUGCCACCAAGGCUCCUUAAUAAACAUAUAGGCCUUUGAAAAAUCCCCUUCCAUCUACCAAAUAAUUACAAAGUUGAAAGAAAUACUGAAGAGUUUAGAAUAGAAGCGAAAGACAUGGAGAAAUCUAGUCUCUACAGCAAAUGUCUGCAAUGCAAGUAGGCAAGCAUAUUUUCCUCCUAAUACAUAGUCAUAGCAAGGUACGGACAUUGAAAGGAAUUCUUUAACGUGUUAUCUUUAAUUUGGAUGCCUGUGCUAGUGAAACAACAGUUGCCUGGGAAAUUAUUUUGUCUCAGUAUGGGUCCUUGUGGAGACAAAUUCCAAUCCCUAUUAAAUGUCUUCUACAAAUGGCAGAAAUGUGUAAGUUUGGUCCUAGAGUCCAUCGAGUGCGUUCUUUUCCUAGCAUAUGCAUUCCGAGAUACAUUUCUGGUUGUAUGCUUCCUAUCUUUAAUAUAUGUAAGAAUUUUAAAUUUCUUUAAAAUUCAUAAAUGCUAAUAUAAUUCUAGUUUUGUAGGAUGGUGUCUUAGUCAUCUAGUGCUGCUGUAACAGAAAUACCUCAAGUGGAUGGCUUUAACAAACAGAAAUUUAUUCUUUCACAGUUUAGGAGGCUCAAAGUCCAAAUUCAGGGUGCCAGCCCUAGGGGAAGGCUUUCUGUCUCUGUCAGCUUUAGGGAAAGGUCCUUGUCAUCAAUCUUCCCCUGAUGUAGGAGCUUCUAAGCAUAGGGACCCCAGGUCCAAAGGGCACACUCUGCUCUCAGUUCUUCUUUCUUGGUGGUAGGAGGUCCGUCUGCUCUCUGCUUGCUUUUCUCUUUUAUAUCUCAAAAGAGAGUGACUCAGAUACAACCUAAUCCUAUAGAUUGUGUCCCACCUCGUUAACAUAACUGCCUCUAAUCCUGCCCCGUUAACAUCACAGAGGUUAGGAUUUACAAUACAUAGGUAAUUAUAUCAGAUCACAAAAUGGAGGAUGACCACACAAUACCGGGAAUCAUGGCCUAGCCAAUUGGCAUGCAUUUUGGGGGGGACACAAUUCAGUCCAUAACAGAUGGGGUAUGUUUUUUAAUGGGAGAAGGAAAGAAGACUGUCAAGAUGCUAGUAUUUUUGUUUUUGUUUUUAAUUUACUCAUAUAAAUAAAGAGGUCAAGUAAAAAUAAGAGGUAAAAUCCUUCUUUCCUGCCCCAGGAGAUUCAGGCUUGAAAUUUUGACUUAUUAGAGUAUAGUCAUCUACUGGUUAUUGACUUCUUGAGGAAAGGUUGAUUUGAUUUUUUGAGCUGUUUUCCUUUAUUGCCAAGUAUCGUAUUAUUGGUGUGACUUUAAAAUUCACAUUGUGUUUUAUAAACAUAAUGAAGUGACACAUGAUCUUAUUUGUCCCCAGGUUAAUAAUGGAAAUUCAAAAGUGAGAGGGAUUUAACUCCAGACCAAUUCUUUAUCUUCCAAAUAAGUUCUCUGAAGUAUAUUCUGAGAAGUUCUGUAGUUAGAAGUUGAGAGGAAAAGGCUUAAAAUAAUAAAACAUACUAUUGAUAGACUAAAUUUGAAUAAAAGUCAUUGUCUUAGAAAGUUGUAAAGACAGGAGAUUGGGAUUUAAGAUCCAUGAGCAAAAUUCUAGCCAAGUUGCAGAGAGAAGAGGGGGAAGGAAAAUUUUUUAAAAGAAAAUAUCUCAUUUUAUUAGGCUAGCACAGCAGUAAUACCCAAAAUGAAUAAGGAUAGCAUUUUAGAGCAGAGAUUUUUUUUUUUAAAUACUAAGUAAAAUGUCCACAUUGGAUCCAAGAGUGUGUUAAGAGGAUAAUAUAUUGUGACCCUUGUACCUAAGCAAUAUAGGAUGGUCAUCCAUUAUUAUGCUUAUUUACUUAUAUAUCUCUCCACCUCUACAACGUUUAAGCUCCUUGAGGGCCAAGAGUGUGCCAGGCACUUAAUAUAUGUUUGUGGGAGGAACGGAAGGAGAGAGUAAAGAGGGAAAAGAGUAUCAUCAUCCCUGUUAUACUAACUAAAAAAAAAAACCUGAGGUUACAAGACUGCCCAAAAGUCUCAGAGCCUAGACUUCAUGCAACGUUAUAGGAAGCCUAGACAUACAUGUCCCGUAUGGCAGUGUUGUAGGCUAUGUUAGUGAGAGUCCACUGUUUCAUCUCUCUACUUAUUGGUAUCUUUAAAAUACUUCAUAAUUAAAAAAAAAAAAAGAAGACAAAGCAUAUUGCUCUUUCUACUCUAUCGAUUUCUCCUCCUCACAGUCUUCUCCCAUGAGCUGAAGCCAGCCUUUUCCUGGCAUUUCCUUCCAUACAGACCGUGAAACUAUAUCCAACUAAGCAUACGUUAGCCUUUUUCUCACCUCUGCAGUCUUAACUCAACCUAGACCCAUUCCUUCUGCUUUCUCAGGUGCCUACCCACACAUUUAAUGUUUUCUUAAGCAAUCAAAACAGAUGUCACCCGUGAACACCUGGUACAGCCAUACUCAGGAGUCCAGGCUGUAGUCCACAGAUCAGAAAUUGCACCCAAAGGGGAGAGGGCCCAAAGUCAAAUACGUUUAGGAUAUGCUAAUGAAGCUAAACAGGUUUCUUUACUGCAGUACUUCUCAGAACCUUUAAUAUGCCUUUGUUCAUUCUAAAUGCAGAAAAUAAGAUCAAGGGAGUUCAACGUACACCGAUAUUAAAAAAAAAAAAAAAAAGCGCCUCCAAAAUAUAUUGUUAAGUAGGAAAAACAGACAAGGUACAGAAUGUUGUGUGUAACACACCAUCAUUUGUGUAAAAAUGUUGUGAGGAGGUACACAUAGACACAUAUACAUACAUAUAUGACUUUAUAUAUAUAUAAUAUAUCUGAAAAGAUAUACAGGAAACAGGUAUAUCUUCUGGAAAGGGAAAUGGGUACUGGGAGAGAGAAGUAGGAGGACGAUUAAUUUUAUAAACCUUUUGCAACAAAUUUGUGUGUUCCUCAUCAAAGAAUGUUUUAAUAUAAUAAAUGGCAGCUGAGUUUAAAUAUAUUAUAAGAUGGCUCUAAAUUCAUGAUUACUUCCCUUUCUUGUUCAGAAAAGUGGAAAAGAACAAAAGAGCUUUCUAAGUGAAUGACGUAUCUCAUUCACUUAGAAUUAAUCCUAAAUAAAACCCCUUAGAACAUUAUUAUUCUAUAUGAUGACCUUUGUGUCACAUGAACCUAAGGCGAGGCUUCUUCUCCUGUGGUUGUAGGGCCAGUGGUUUGCCAGGCCCACUUGCUUGACGGAUUUGACUCGGUAUCUCCUUCUCAGCAGUGACUACCUGCUGGCAGUGAGACCUUCUGCCUGCUGUAAACAGAUGGUCUCACACUAGCUGCCCUAACUACGGGAGUCACAGAAACUCUGCAGUAUUAAGCUGUCAGAGGACCCAUCUGCCCUAAGCAGCUGUCCAGGCAUUUGCCUGUCUGCAUGCUGGAAACCUCGGUAUUAUAACUCCAAUCUUGGGAAUAGAAAUUUCUUAUUUUUUCCUGUUCUAUUUCUGUGGAUGAAAACUUGAAGUCAAUGCCAUCUGCUUCUUGUUUUUCAUAAGCAGUAGCUUUGAUAUCUGCCUAAUUAAGGGAGCUCUGUUACUGAAUUUAACUGAACAUUUGACCUGCUUCUCUGUUGUAGUUUGCUUAUGUUCUUUUUAGCUCGCACUUAAAACCAGGAGCAGACCCAGACCAAUGUGCAGGCCACUGGCUGGCAGCCGCGCAGUGCUGUUGUAGCCUGAGAGUCCACACGAGGGAGCAGGAGAGAUGAGGCCUCAUGACAAGAGGUGAUGGAGGCAGAGGCCACCUCCCAAAGGCCUCUGCUCCUGGCACUUCCUGUCCAUUGUGGCUGCUGGUUACUACCUCCCUGCCCUUCCCGCCGUGUCUCCCCACUCCUCUGCCCCCUACUCCAAAUAUAUGUUUUGUGGCCCUUGAUCUGUAUUUCCAGACUGCUUUGCUUGAAUACCUGCCAAGUGAUUGGAGUAGUUUAUAUUCUAACUAAAAAUACAUAAGUAAAAUAUAGUUGGAAAUAAUAGAUGAAUGGCUAAUUAAAUUAUGGCCCAUCACAUGCUAUUAUGCAUUUGUCCAAACCCAUAGGCCUCCACAACACACAGAGUGAGUCCUAAUGUAAGCUGUGAACUUUAGUUAAUAAUAGUGUAUCCAGUUGGUUCAUUGAUAGAGCAGAGGUAUCAUGGGAAUGCAAGAAGUGGGAAUUCUGUACUUUCUACACAAUUUUUCUGCAAACCUAAAACUGCUCUAAAAAAUAAAGUCUGUUAAAAAAAAUCAUAGUCCAUCUCCUUAAUGAAGUAUUUGGUCCGUUUAAAAAUUGUAAUUGUUGAAGGCAUGUGGUUUAUGGCAACAAAUCCAAGUAACCAGAAUCACCCACCUCUGCCUUCCAGUGGAGAUACACAUGAAAACACAGAAAGAGAUGCCAUCUUUCAGUAGUACUAGAAACUAGAAAUAUUACUCAAGCAGAGGCCCACUGAGAGGGACAGCGUUCAUCUCUUCUCACCUGUCACCUCAUCAGACACCUUCCUGACCAUCCUGUAUAAAGUAGCAUUUCACCCCACCCAGGACUUCCUUUCCCCCCUUACCCUAAUUUUUCUCCAUGGCUUUCAUCGCCAUCUGACACAUCAUAUAUUUACUUGUUCACUUGUGUAUUGUCUAUAUUCUGACUAGAAUAUAUGCUCCAUGAGAGCAAAGACAGUUAUUUCUGUGGUUCGAUGCAGUCUUUCUAGUGUUCAGAACAGCGCCUGGCACAGGGCAGGCUCCCAGUAAAUAAUUAUUGAAUACCAAGGCUGAUUGUUGUGGCCCACUGGGGAAGAAAGCAGUUAAAUGAUUCUAGCCCUUCCUCUACCUGAGAAGGUAACUCAGUCCUUCUGUGUAAACACAAGGAAGGACCCUUUUAUAGUUCCCUUCACUUUAUGAACACCUCUAUUCUUACCCUGAUUCCAGGAUCACAACUCUAAGUAACUGAAUGCUUCUGAGGACAGAGUGAUUAGGUAUAUCAAGAUAUUAAAUCCACACCUAAAAGGAGCUGUGGGCUGGUAGAGCCAUCAGUAUGUUAUAUGCUGGGGUUUGCAGCUUUUCAUUCACUUUUCUUUAACAAUUCAAGAACUAGAACUAGACUCCUUGCCAAUAAGUCAACAAGGAAGCAGGAUGUGUGGAUCCUUACUAAGAUCAGCAGUUUCAUAAUAAGUGAAAGUCUUUGAAACCACAGCUAGAGGCUCUACAUACAAGCCAACUCUCUACCUUAAAAACUGAGAAAAUGAUUCUAACUACGAACAUGUGGACUACAAGAAGGAGCCCAGAAGAAUCCGUAUGACCCUUUUAUGCAAGAAGACCAGGACUGAAUAGAUGCCUCCUUAUUCAUGAGGCCUGUGAAGAAGGACAUUAACAAUGUGAAAGAUGUAAACCCUAAGACUUGAAAAGAAAAGCAUAUUACUGAAAAGGAUUUCUACCAUGAAAUUUAUGUUAGGUCUCUCAGGGUGCAAAAGAAGAGGACAACAACAAAGAAACUGAAAGAUACAGAGGGCAGAGAACACAAACUUUGCAUUCACAUAAUAGGUGUAUGUAAAAAAAGAGGAAGUAGCAGCAACAGCAAUACUGUAUUUCAUCAAUUUUAAGAAGUACAUUUUUUCAGAUUUUAAUAUCUCUGAAAUUGGAAUGUGACUAAUAAUUGAUGGAUUCUUAUAGCUAUAAUGGGGAACAUUUUAUCUUUCUUAGCAAUACAUAAAUAAUGAGACUUCUUACCGAAAAGUCAUCUUAGAUUCAAAAACUAUGGUAAUUUAAAACAUACUAGAAGAAUAUCAUCCUGUGCUGAAAGCAUCUUGUCUGAAGAUCUAAAGUGCCCGUUUUGUUACUGUGGUAUCUUUUUUAAUUUCAAGGAUUAACAACAACAAAAAACAAACAAAAUUGAAUUCCGUGUGUAUGUGUGUGUGUGUGUGUGUGUGUGUGUGUAUAAAGAAAGAUUCCCUUAGAAAGGAACAAAAAGCGAGAUUGCCUCAGUGUUCUGUUCUGUAGUAGGAAAUACCAGAAUCUGGUGGGACAGUAUCAUUAGACUUUUGAGAGGGAAAGGUUAUGGCUCAAGAAUUCUAUGCCCAACCAAGUUGUCAUUUAUGUUUAACAAACAAGCCUGUACAGCUGUGCUACUGGGAUUCUUCAGAAGGGAAGCACUAUGAUCAGUGAGUCAAAUGUUGUUACAGUCUCCAUCUCUCAUCUCCACUUCCCUUAGGUGCCAGCUUCACUCUCCUACAGUACUUCUUCCACAUGGCUGGAAAUGUCUGCCAGUAACUCCCAGGAUCUCCUUUUUCAGCUUUGCCACCAAUGAGAAAUUAAGGGUCAUGUUCUCUGGGCUAUUGUCCAAAAAUCCCAAGGAAGUAUUCUGACUAACACAUAACUGCAGCCAAAGAAUGAUAUUGACCCAGCAUGAGUAAGAUGCCUACCCCCAUGGUAGUCAUUUGGCCAGAGAAGUCAGGUCUUAAAAGAAUAUAGAAAUCUUCAGUAAAACCAGAAGAAGAGUAUUUUCUGGAAGGGAGUGAGGCAGACACGUAUGGGAGUGUUGGAGGGUGAAUUGUAUAAGGCUGGCGCGUCUCAGAAAAAGGGACAGCAUUGUUUUUAAUUGUGAAGACAUAGAAACCAUAUAAAAGUUCAUCGAAAUAUACAUGGUUAGAAAUUCUGUUAUUUCCAUACAAUGAAAGAACAUGUGGCCAUGAAAAAGCAAUGACAGAUUUCCACAUUAAAGAGUGAGCUGCAUAGAAUCACUUGGGGAUACUUGUUCAAAAGGCAGAUUCCUGGGCCCCAUCCUAGGCCUUCUGAAUCAUAACCUCUAGACUCUACACCUCUAAUAAGCAACCCAACUGGUCCCUAUGCACACUAAAGUUUCAGAGCCACUGGCUUCAUGAACUGACACAAAAACAAUGAAUGGGAUGAGCACAUAACAUUUUAAUAUGGCCCCUUAGCUGAAGCCAGUUUGAUAAAAGAGCUUUUAAAAAAUCAAACCACUAAAUAUUCAUAUUUAUAAAAUUAUUAUCACCAAGUAAAGUGCAAACUAAGCAUUCCUUCCUGCCCCAGUGAAGAGAGGUGGGAGUGAGGGGUGGGCUGAGUUGUAGAGAAGGUAAAGGAGGAAGAGGGAUUAGAACUGAGAUGAGAAUUGGCAGAUAAAUUGCCCAGGACCAGGAUUCUGCUGACCACAUCUUUUGUCUCAGAAAGCAUUGCAAGCAAUGGUUGGUAAUUACCCUAAGAAGACUGCAGUUAGGACCCACCUGCCCAUUUCCAGAUAGGAAACCCCCACCUGCAAAUAGCAGACCUGUUCAUAAUGAACUUAAUCUAUUUAUAUAUAUUCACACUCAUCUGCUGUACACAAAAGAACACAGAGAGAAAUCUUAAAAGGUUUUCAGUGUGACUAACCAGAACCAGAAUCAAACAACUUUAAGGUAUAACAGAUGUUACAUCCUGUGAGCAAUCAAUGGACUUUCCAUUCUCUCACUGUGCGAUGUACCCAUCUGCAUUAAGAAGUGGCUUGCCUUCAGACAAAGCUCCCUGAGAGGACAUGAAAGGGCAUAUAGUCAUCUUCAGCUUUACCUGCUUUCAUGGUGUAGAUUUUCUGGGGAUUUUUGUGCAGAUCAAAGAUACUUAUUUUCAUCACUGCCUUUCCUGUUGAAAGAGUAAAUACAAAAGUACCCCUGGAAAACUGGUCAUCUUUUCAGCAUCUCUGCAGGUAGAGGUAUUGUACAUUUAGAGUGAUCAUGUUACUUUAUUUAAGGCCCAUAGCACUAAACCAUAUAAUAUAUGUUAAAAUCAGGGCUUCAAACUGCUUCUAAACCGUUCAGUGAUGGCUGACAGAAACAAGGCAGGGCUUCGAACUCAUUCAGAGUGGUUAAGUCAAAACUGACAGAAACAACGGUACCAUAUACAUUGCAUAGCAACCAAAUCUCUUGCUCAUGGACUUACGACCUGAGUAGGAAACAGGCAGCAGUGCCCCGCUCAAAGAUGGCGGCCACCCACGCGGCUUUGAACGUGCAUCGCUCUCCACAGUCCUACCAAUAAUCCAAUCCCUCGCAUCAGGAAACUUUCAGGAGCCUGAUGCGGGAGACUGGAUUAUUGGCUGGACUGUGGAGAGCGACACACAUUCAAAGUUGCCAGGAUGGCCGCCAUCUUUGAAUGGGGCAUUGCUCCCUGUUUCCUGCUUCCUGUUUCCUACUCAGGUCAAAAGUCCAUGUGCAAGAGAUUUGGUUGCUGUGCAAUGCAUAUGCUACUCUUCUUUCCGUGAGCCAUGACUGAACCAUUUAGAACCAGUUCGAAGCCCUGAUUUUAACAUACAUUAUACAGUUUAGUGCUGUGAGCCUUUAAAAAUAUAUAUGAUCACUCUGAAUUUACAAUAUCUACCUACAGAGAUGCUAAAAAGAUGAUCAGUUUUUCAUGGGUACUUUUGGAUUUACUCUUUCAACAGGAAAGGUAGUGAUGAAAAUAAGUAUCUUUGAUCCGCACAAAAAUCCUGUCCUGAAUUUCUAGGAAGUGAGAGGCAUAAUAUUUUUUAGAGCUUAAACAUUUAAGGAAGGCUGCUCAGAAAACAAAUACUUCUGGCUUGCUCGGUUAUUUCCACAUGGCAUAUGUUCCUGACAAGACCCUGUGCAGGUCUCAGGCUUCUCUCUGUAAAAGGGAAAGGUUUGUUUUGUCGAAUUUCAGGCCCAUCCAUUGGCCUUUCUUAAAAGGGUAACCGCAGUUACUUCCCUCUAGCUUUUCUUUGACAAAUAGAGAAAUUGUUCCAAGCCUUAUUUUCUUCAUAUUUGAGUUCAAAAGAAAUAGCCAACGUGAUAUUUAUGGUUUAAAAAAAUCAUUUUAUGCAUUUAAUAUUUCUUAUUCUUGGUCUUUUUUGUAACUCGUCUUUCAAAUUAUGGCAUGUCAGUUUCUUAAUUUUAGAACCAGAAAAAAAGUUAUUUUAAAGUUAUGAGAUUAUUUUAGAAUAUAUUUUAUCAAAGAUAAAAAGCAAUUAAUGAUUAGAAAAUUCACAUAAAUUUUUCAGAGUGAAAAAAAACUCUUGAUUCACGCAAGCAUCCUUGGUAGCAGAAUCAUUACUAAAUGAAAUGAUCAUACCUGGUCUUAAGGAGAACAAUAUCAGAGCUAGAGACAUCAUUAAAAAUGAAAAAAAUAACCUGGCCAACGAUACAAGAAGAGAAGUUUAAGUAUAAAAUGUAAAAAGGAAACAGCCUGUACAAUUCCAGAUGACUCAGAGAACUCCUUGUCAGGAAAAAAAAAAAAAUCAGAGAACAACUUGUUAAAGGAUAUUCUAUUGUUGGCUAACCAAGAUAAUCCCUGGAGAAGGGCAUCAUGCUCCGUCGAAUAGAGGGUCAGCAAAAAAGAGGAAGAGCUUCAACGAGAUGGAUUGACACAGUGUUUGCAAUAAUGGGCUCAAGCAUAACAAUGAUUGUGAGAAUGGUGAAGGUCUGGGCAGUGUUUCCUUUUGUUAUACGUCGGGUUGCUAUGAGUGGGAACCAACUCUACGGUAGUUAACAACAAUAACAACCAACAUAAAUGAAAAAACCCAAGCUAAAUUAUUCUGUUCAGAAUUAGUAACUUCUGGUUUUCCACAUUUGAGGCUUCUUUGAUGCGUGGGAAUUCUUGGCCUUCUCUGUUUAGCAUAUGCAUUGAAUUAACAGGCCUAGUAGAAAUGAGUAUUUGACAGGAAACAGACCAUGUGGCUUCUGGUCCUAAUUCUGCCACCAGCUAGCUGUAAGUCCCUGAGCAAAUCAACAUUUUCUUAUUGUUGUUGUUCCAUAGUUUAACCGUAAAAUUAAAAAGCUCUACCAAAUUUGUUCAUUCAUUUUAAAAACGGAUUUCUUGAGGCUCAAUCACGUAUCGGACACUGUCUUAGGGCAUAGGAAUACAGAGACUAAGUUCCUGCCGUCAAGAAGUGUGUGGUCUAUCAAGGGGGACAAAUCAUAGCUGUUAAACAUAAUGUAGUAUAAUAAGUUUGUAAAAGUAUAAACAAAGUAGCUUAAAGCACAGAAGUCAGUACAGCUAUAGACAGGAGUGAGAGAUGGGAAGGAUGUCCUAGGAAAACAGCAUCAAAGAGAGGUGAUACUUGUCCUGGGCUUUGAAAAAGAGCUCGAAGUUUAAAAAGUGACUGGUAGACUUCUACUUCCAGAUGCCUCUUUCUUUUCCAUAUAGUCCAGCUUCUCUGAUUAUUUGCUCAGCAUACAGAUUGCAUAAGAAAGGAUACAACCCUGACGCACACGUUCUCUGACUUUAAACCAUGCAGUAUCCCCUUGCUCUAACAACUGCCUCUUGGUCUACGUACAAGUUCCUCGUGAGCACAAUUAAAUGUUUUGGAAUUCCCACUCUUUGCAAUGUUAUCCAUAAUUUGUUAUGAUCCACACAGUCCAAUAAAACAGAGGUAAACAUCUUUCUGAUAUUCUCUGCUUUCAGCCAAGAUCCAUCUGAUAUCAGCAAUGAUAUCCCUAGUUCCACAUCUUCUGAAUCUAGCUUGAAUUUCUGACAGUUCCUUAUAGAUGUACUGCUGCAACCACUUUUGAAUGAUCUUCAGCAAAAUUUUACUUGUAUGUGAUAAUGAUACUGUUCGAUAAUUUCCACAUUCUGUUGGAUCGCCUUUCUUUGGAAUUGGCACAAAUAUGGAUCUCUUCCAGAUGGUUGGCCAGGUAACUGUCUUCCACAUUUCUUGGCAUAGAUGACUGAGCACUUUCACACUGCAUUAGUUUGUUGAAACAUCUCAACUGGUAUUCUGUCAGUUCCUGGAGCCUUGUUUUUCACCAGUGUCUUUAGUGCAGCUUGGACUUCUUCCUUCAAUAUCAUCAGUUCUUCAUCAUAUGCUAUCUCCUGAAAUGGUUGAAUGUCAACCAGUUUUUUGGUAUAGUGAUUCUGUGUUUUCUUGCCAUCUUCUUUUGAUGCUUCCUGCAUGGUUCAAUAUUUUGGCCAUAGAAUCCUUCAGUAUUGCAUCUCAAGGCUAGAAUUUUUCCUUCCGUUCUUUCAGCUUGAGAAAUGCCAAGCAUAUUCUUCUUUUGGUUGCCCUACUCCAGAUCUUUGCACAUUUCAUUAUAAUACUUAUUUGUCUUCUUGAGCCGCCCUUUGAAAUCUUCUGUUUAGCUCUUUGACUUCCUUACUUCUUCCUUUUGCUGUAGCUGCUCUGCGUUCAAGAGCAACUUUCAGAGUCUCUUCUGACAUCCAUUUUGGUCUUUUCUUUCUUUUCUGUCUUUUUAAUGACCUUUUGCUUUCUUCCUGUGUAAUGUCCUUGAUGUCAUCCCACAACUCAUCUGGUCUUGGAUCAUUAGUGUUCAGUGCAUCAAAUCUAUUCUUGAGAUGGUCUCCAAAUUCAGGUGGGAUAUACUCAAGGUUGUAUUUUGGCUCUCAUGGGCUUGUUUUCAUUUUCGUCAGCCUCAUCUGGCCUUGUCAUCCCCUGGCCUUGUUCUGACUGAUGAUAUUGAGCUUUUCCAUUGUCUCUUUCCACAGAUGUAGUUGAUUUGAUUCCUGUGUAUUCCAUCCGGUGAGGUUCAUGUGUGUAGUUGCUGUUUAUGUUGUUGAAAUGGGUAUUUGCAAUGAAUAAGUCGUUGGUCUUCCAAAACUCUAUCAUGUGAUCCCCGGCGUCUUUUCUUUCACCAAGGCCAUAUUUUCCAGCAAUCAGUCCUUCUUCUUUGUUACUAGUAAUUAUCAAUGCAUCUUGAUUGCAUGUUUGAUCAAUUUCAGGCUGCAGAAAUUGGUAAAAAAUCUUCAGGUUCUUCCUUUUGGCAUUUGUUGUUGUUGUAUAAAUUUGAAUAAUAGUUGUAUUAACUGAUCUUCCUUGUAGGCAUAUGGAUAUUAUUCUACCACUGAUGUUGUACUUCAGGAUAGAUAUUGAAAUGUUCUUUUUGGUGAUGAAUGAGACACCAUUCCUCUAUGAUUUGUCAUUCCCUCCAUAGUAGACCAUAUGGUUGUCUGAUUCAAAAUGGCCGAUACUAGUCCAUUUCAGCUCACUAAAGCCUAGGAUGGAGCCCUGGUGGCACAGUGGUUAAGAGCUAUGACUGCUAACCAAAAGGUCCACAGUUCAAUCCACCAGCCGCUCCUUGGAAACCCUAUGGGGCAUUUCUGCUCUGUUCUACAGGGUCACUAUGAGUUGGAACUGGCUCCACGGCACCUAACAACAACAACAAAAACAACAAUGCCUGGGAUAUCAAUCUCUAUGCAUUGCAUUUCAUUUUUUACAACUUCCAAUUUUCCUAAAUUCCUACUUUGUACAUUCCAUGUUCUAAUUAUUAAUGGAUGCUUACAGCUGUUUCUUCUUUUUCUGAGUCAUGCCACAUUAGCAAAUAAAGGUCCGGAAAGCCUUACUGGCCUAAUCUAUGUGUAACUAGAGUCCCCAAAGGAACAGGGAAGACAGAAAAAAACAUUUGAAGAAAUAAUGGCUGAAAUUUUUCCAAAUUUAUAAACCCACAUAAUCUAAGUACCUCAGUAAAUCUCGAGCACACAAAAAAAGAAGAAAACUACACCAAGGCUCAAAACCAAUGAUAAAAGAAAAUCUUAAAAGCAGCCAGAGGGAAAAGUGUAAGGAUGAUAGCAGAUUUCUCACUGGAAUCAAUGCAACCAAGAAGACAAUACAGCAACAUUUUUAAGUCGUUGGUAGGUGCUGUCAAGUCGAUUCCGACUUACAGCGACCCUAUGUACAACAGAACGAAACAGUGCUGCGGUCCAGCACCAUCCUCACAAUCAUUCUUAUGCUUGAGCACAUUGUUGUAGCCACUAUUUCAGUCCAUCUCGUUGAGGAUCUUCCUCCUCUUCAGUGACCCUCUACUUUACCAAACAUGAUGUCCUUCUCCAGGGACUGGUCCCGCCUGAUAACAUGUCCAAAGUACUUGAGAGGAAGUCUGGCCAUCCUCGCUUCUAAGGAGCAUUCUGGCUGUACUUCUUCCCAGACAGAUUUGUUCAUUCCUCUGGCAGUCCGUGGUAAAUUCAGUACUCUUUGCGAACACCACAAUUCAAAGGCAUCAAUUCUUUUUCGGUCUUCCUUAUUCAUUGUCCAGCUUUCACAUACAUAUCAGGGAAUUGAAAAUACCCUGGCUUGGGUCAGGUGCACCAUAGUCCUCAAGGUGACAUCUUUGCUUUUUAACUCUUUAAAGAUAUCUUUUGCAGCAGAUUUGCCCAAUGCAAUGCGUCAUUUGAUUUCUUGACUGCUGCUUCCAUGGGCGUUGAUUAUGAAUCCAAGUGAAAGGAAAUCCUUGACAACUUCAACCUUUUCUCCAUUUAUCAUAAUGUUGCAUAAGCAGAUGUGAGGAUUUUUGUUUUCUUUAUGUUGAGAUAUAAUCCAUACUGAAGACUGUAGUCUUUGAUCUUCAUCAGUAAGUGCUUCAAGUCCUCUUCACUUUCAGCAAGCAAGGUUGUGCCAUCUGUAUAUCACAGGUUGUUAAUGAGUCUUCUUCCAUAUAGUCCAGCUUCUUGGAUUAUUUGUUCAGCAUACAGGUUAAAUAAAUAUGGUGAAAGAAUACAACCCUGAUGUACACCUUUCCUUAAUUCAUCUGUAAAUGUAAUUUUUCAUGUAUUUGUAUGAUUAUUUGAAAAGUGUGCUCCUCUCCCACUCAAAGUUACAUAAAGACAAGGACUGUCAGCUUUUUUUAACUUGGUAUGCCUCAGUCCUAGCAAAGGAACCUAAUAAAUAAAUAGUUGAGGAAAUAAAAUAAACAAAUGCACGUAUGCAUAAAUAAGAAGUUGGAGGCAGUACAGAGUAAAUGAAGAGAAACAAGAGGCAGAGAGACUAAUUUAUAGUUGUUUUGAUGGACAGGUAAGCGAUUGUGAAGGUAUUCAUUAGUCAACCAUGCUGGGCUAUGCUGAAGUAAGAAGCAACCCCUAAAUAUCAAGGGCUUAACACAUACAGAAUUUUUUUCUUGCUCAUGCUAUGUGUCCAGCACUGGUCAGUGGGGCACCUUGUGGAGGCUCCACUGUCUUGUGGCUGUACCAUCUGGAAUGCAUGUCCUCGUCUGUCACCAUGGCAGAGUAAGAGAGAAUGUAAGGAGUCACACAAGGGCUUCUGGCCUCAUCCCAGAAGUAAGGCAUGUGUCGUCUUCUCACUAGGCAUCACACCCCUUCCUACUGGUGAAGCUGCUGGGAAGUGCAGGGGAGCCCAUGGGUUUUCAGGGAGCAGUAACUGUCCCUGCCUCAGGGAUGCUGAGCAGAAACUAUCCUGGCAUAUAUUUGGAAAAGAAGUUUGGUGUAUUCAGUGGGUAUGGACGAUAAGGGACAGGGAGAAGUCUAAGUUACCACUCAGGUUUCUGACUUCGUUUCUGACUGUUUUUGAGUAAUACAGUCAACCAAGGUAGAAAACACAGAACAAAGUCAGUUUGACAGAGGAAAAUUAAUUAAUUCCAUUUUGGACAUUGAAAAUGAGUUGCUUAUAGGCCAUUAUUGUGAAUAUUUCUAGUUAAGCAGUGGUGAAUGCCUAUUUGGAGCUCGGGAAAGAGCAGCAUUUAUUUAUUCAACAAGAAUGUAUUGCAACACUGUUUUAGGUACUGAUGAUACAGCUGUGAACAAGAUGGUCAAGACCCCUCCCCUCAUGGAGUCAGAUAAAAACAAGUAUGUGGUUUCCAGUGGUAGUAAUUGGUGCCCUGAAUAAAAAUAAAGGAGUGCUGGGGAGUUGCAGACGUUGUCUUAGACAGGGUUUCAAGGAAGGUCCAAUUAGGGAAAUAACUCUUGAGCAUAAAUACAAAUGAAGCUGGAUAGUGAACCAUAUGGAAGUCUGGGGGAAGAGUUUCCCACAGAAGCAGCAACAAGUGUAGAGGCCCUGAGCUAUCAAUGAGCUUGAGAUGUUCAAGGAGGAAAAAAGAAGGCUAGUAUAUGUGCUGGAAAAGAGCUAGUGGGAGUUAGGGAGUAUAAGGCAAGAGUAGUAGGAAAUGAUUUUUGAAAGAUAGUCAGGAGCCAGCUCAUGUAGGCAAGAAAUUUAGAUUGGUGUAUAAGUGGUAGUUGAGGCCGUAGGAGUAGAUAACCCACCACCACUAAGGAGAACGUGUAAACAGAGGGUCCAGAAUGGAACCGUAGGCAAUUCCAGCAUUUAAUGGAUGCAAGGUUACAAAAGCAGGAGGAGACUUGGGGAAAGUAGUCCUCAGAAGGAAGAGGAAGGCAACAUGGUCAAAUGCCUCAAUACAAGGCGAUUAAGACCUAACAAAAGUCCAAUUGACUUGGUGGCCUCGGAGAGUGCCUUUAGUAAAAUAUUGGGAAUGGAAGCCAAAUUGCAAAAAAUUAAUAAAAAUUGACCAGAAAUAUAUCCUGAUCUUUAAAAAGUUAGUUUAUCUCUUUCUAUUCUGAAUGUUGUCAUUUCAUACAAAGGUUUAAAUUUUCAUACUGUACAAUUCAAAAAAAGCUGCUCCAAAAAUCUAUUCUGUAAGCGAGAACCUGAAAAUCCAGUUGUAGAUGUUCUCAACUCAACCUGCUAAGGCUGAUUCCCAGAUGAACAAGGCUCUGAAGUUGUUACUCUACUCUUAGGUGAAAGCAGUAAUUCUCUAGUGGGGGGAUGGUCCCGAGAGGAUGGGGGUACAGUUUUCAGACCUUACACACAUAGGGAUUCUCAUACCCACCUUCCUUGAGACUCACUCCCCAUGUGGCCCACUGUUGUUUGGUGCCAGUUUAUUGAACCUCUCAUAUGUUUGCAGUGAAAAAAAAAAAAAAAACCUUAAAACCACU